AUGCGUCGCCCUGGGGGUGCUGAGCAUGGUGGUGCUGAGCCUGGGGGUGCUGAGCCUGGGGGUGCUGAGCCUGAGCGUGCUGCGCCUGGGGGUACUUUGGCUUCUGGAGGUCCUCCGGGUGUCUUGUCCGGUCGGGAGACGCUCUCUCCACUACAACUGCGCGAGUGGUUUGCUCGGCGCUGGAGCCUCCUGAGUGGUGCUGCUAGAGCUGGAGCUGCGGGAGGUGCUGGAGCCACUGGUCCCGGAGGUGCUCGUACUGGAGGUACUGGAGCUGCUGGGGCUGGAAGUGCUGCUGAAGCUGCUCGAGGUGCUGCUAGAGCUGGUUCUGCUGGAGGUACUGGCACUACUGGAGCUGGAGGUGCUGCUGGAGCUGGAGCUGCUGGAGGUACUAGAGCUACUGGAGCUGGAGGUGCUGCUGGAGCUGGAGCUGUUGGAGGAGCUGCUGGAGCUGGAGCUGAUGGAGGUAUUGUGGCUGCUGGGGCUGGAGGUGCUGCUGGAGCUAGAGCUGGAAUUGCUACAAGAGCUAGAGCUAUUGGAGGUACUGGUGCUGUCGGUGCUGGUUCUGGAGGCACUAAGCGACCGCGAACGUACUUCGUUCCCUUGCUUCAGCAGGUUCUUGGUCUCCCGCCUUCUACUGACCUUUCUCCUCCUUUACUGUAUCCACCGCCUAACCAGUCCCAACCGCAGUUACAGCCAGCCUCCCCACUGCCUGCUCCUUCUCCUUACACUGAGCUGCCCGAAGGUCUUACAGAGCGACGUGAGCCUGCGUCUCGUCCUACGUCGCCUGUUCGCGCUGCUCGCACUGGUCGUCGUGUUCCGCGUCAGCGUCCUCCUCCUGUCCCCAGCACGCACCAGAUGGCACUUCGUCCUUCCUCUGUUCCACUGCAUGUCCCUCUGCCGUUUCCUCCUGCGUCCUUUCUUGCUGACGGUCCGGACCCAGAGUCUGACUCACUUCGUGCUGCCAGCCCUACUGUCACGCGUCUGCUAGUUAUUGUUGUCACUGACCCUUCCUUUGAGUCCACUUGUGCAUCUACUCUUCUUGCUCAGCUUGUUGACUUUGCUGCUGCCUGUCGUCUAGACUAUGCCGCUAGUCUUGUUGCUGAGUCUGAGUCUGUCUGUCCUCCGUCCGUUGGGGGUGAGUGUGCUCUUCGCACGGACGUCCUUGAGGACAGGCAGGAGGACUUUGAGUGUCUUGCAGCUGCUGUACCUCAUCUCGUGGCCAUGCUUCUUGCCCCUGAGGGAGACCCGGAUGCUCCAGACAUCCCGACCUCGCGCUCUUACGCUGAGGUGAUCGCGGGUGAGUACUCCUCUCAGUCGCAGACAGCCAUGGACGCAGAGAUGGCAUCCUGGAAGUCCACACGCACUUAUGUCGACGAGGUUCCCCCACCUGGGGCAAACAUCGUCAGUGGCAUGUGGAUUUUAAGGGUGAAGCGGCCACCGGGUUCUCCGCCUCUCUUCAAGGCGCGUUACGUUGCACGAGGCUUCAGUCAGCGAUCCGGAUUUGACUUCUUCCAGACCUUCUCCCCUACCCCGAAGAUGACCACUCUUCGGGUACUACUGCACGUCGCUGCUCAGCGUGACUACGAGCUUCACUCUCUUGACUUUAGCACUGCUUUCCUACAGGGCAGCCUGCAGGAGGAGAUCUGGCUGCGCCGCCCACCUGGCUUCACUGGGUCAUUUCUUGCAGUACUACUGUUUCUACACACCGACACUUCACUGCCGCCGUUCUACAUCCUCGUGUACGUCGACAACUUGGUCUUUGCCACUAUUCACACUGCUGGACUCGCCCACGUGAAGUCGGAGCUACAGAGGAGACACACGUGCGCAGACCUGGGUGAGCUGCGCAGCUAUCUUGGUUUGCAGAUCACCCGGGAUAGAGCACAGCGCACCAUUACCUUGACUCAGUCACACAUGGUGCAGCAGCUCCUUCAGCGCUUCGACUUCAAGUACUCGUCACCACAGUCCACUCCUUUGCCUACUGGUCACUCGCUCUCAGCUCUGCCUUCGGAUGAGUCCGUAGAGCCGAGUGGCCCGUAUCCAGAGCUUGUGGGCUGCCUCAUGUACCUGAUGACCUGCACUCAACCUGACCUUGCUUACCCUCUUAGCAUCCUGGCACGCUACGCUGUGCCUGGGAGACACUGA